UCUCUCUUGUCUGAAAAGCUGGAAAGCAGAGCACAGACCGAAGACUUUAGCAUUCUCUCUCCCCCUCAGUUGGACAAGAUCUCUCAUCUUUUCUAGUUCUUUCUCUCUCUUCUUCCUUAGCCGCCUUAUAAAACACGGACCCUGUCUGCUCCUGGCUCAGUUUUCGCUGCAAUAUCGGAUUGUUUAUGGACUGAUCCGAAAAGUUGAAAUCCAUGAAAAAUAUUCGCCGAAAUGCCUUCACUUUGUUUGUCUAGACCAGAGAGUAGAAUUAUUUUAUUCAUUGUUUGACGGUAUACCUAGGAACAGGUAGUAGUUCAGUUGCCGGAGAUCAAUUUCCCGGUGUUGGUUGUAGGUUCUGUGCUUCAUUGAACUUCUAUCGGCCGAGAGAAGAGCUUUUGUUUUCAGUCUUAGCGUUUAAUCAUUGAGGUUCCUUGGGGUAUUGUGAAUUUUGGUAAGACAUCCGUCAGAGCCGGUAGGUGGGUAAGGAUUAGGGAAAAAAGGCUGAUUGACUGGUAGAUAAGAGAGCGAGCGAGAGAGAGAGAGAGAGAGAGAGAGAAAGAGAGAGAGAGAGAGGAGAUGGAAACCCUAAAACAUUGUCUCCAAAAGCUUCUUCGGAAAUCUAGAAAAAUGCCCUGAGAUUUUUUGUUUGUCUUUCAAUUUUGUGCUUGUUUAGUAAAUUGUUCCCAAGAAAACCCUAGCAAAAAAUUUCCCAGUAUCUAUGCCGGUCGACUUGGAUAAUUCCUCUACGGCUUCCGGGGAAGCUAGCGUCUCUUCCUCUGGGAAUCAGAGUCAACCCCCCAAGCCCACAGCUAAGAAAAAGCGCAACCUCCCUGGAAUGCCCGAUCCAGAUGCGGAGGUGAUUUCUCUGUCUCCGAAGACCCUCAUGGCCACGAACCGAUUCGUGUGCGAGAUUUGCAACAAAGGGUUUCAGAGGGAUCAGAACCUUCAGCUCCAUCGUCGAGGUCACAAUCUACCUUGGAAGCUCAGGCAGAGGUCGAGCAAGGAAGUUAAGAAGAGGGUCUAUGUUUGUCCUGAGCCGUCGUGCGUGCAUCACGAUCCGUCGCGAGCCCUGGGCGAUCUUACGGGGAUAAAGAAGCAUUUCUGUAGGAAACACGGUGAGAAGAAGUGGAAAUGCGAUAAGUGCUCGAAGAAGUACGCGGUGCAGUCCGAUUGGAAAGCUCAUUCAAAGAUUUGUGGCACUAGGGAGUACAAAUGCGACUGUGGGACUUUGUUUUCGAGGAGGGAUAGCUUUAUCACCCACCGGGCGUUCUGCGAUGCGUUGGCAGAGGAGAGCGCCAGAGCUCAGACUCAGCCGUCGGCGAAUCCAACUUCGGAGCCAAACUCGAAUGCACAGGCAGUUGAUUCCUCGGCCACGGCCCCGCCCCUGCCUCCAGCCACAGCGCCAGCCCCAGCCCCCGCCCCAGCUCCACCAGCAGCACCACGACCAAGUACUGGUCAAAUAUCCUCAGUUCUGCCGACUAAGAGUCCGGUGUUACCGGAAAAUCCCCAGCCAAUAGUAGAAGAAGCACCUGCUUCUGCAACAGGCUUAAAUGGGAGCUGUAGCAGCACCACCAGCUCAAGCAGCAAUGGCAAUACAAACUGUAGCGUAUUCGCAAGCUUAUUUGCUUCCUCUACUGCAUCAGCAAGCUUGCAAACUCCUCAGACUCCUGCAUUUACUGACUUAAUCCGUGCUAUGGCGCGUCCUGAUCCCCCAACAGAACUUGCACGGCCUACGGCUACAGAACCCAUUUCUCUCUGCCUCUCCACUAAUCACGGGUCAUCAUUAUUUGGGACUUCAGGGCAAGACCGUCGGCAAUAUGCGGCACCACCACAACCAGCAAUGUCUGCCACUGCACUACUACAGAAGGCUGCUCAAAUGGGGGCAGCCGCAACAAAUGCAUCAUUGCUGCGCGGGUUUGGUAUAGUGUCAUCAUCAUCUUCAUCUGGGCAACAGGAUGGUUUACACUGGAGUCAGAGACAAGUAGAGCCCGAGAAUUCCUCGGUUCCUUCCGGGCUUGGACUUGCCCAUUGUGAUGGAGGCUCAGGAUUGAAGGAAUUAAUGAUGGGAACACCUUCUGUCUUUGGUCCUAAGCAAACCACUCUUGAUUUUCUUGGAUUGGGAAUGGCUGCUGGUGGCAGCCCCAGCAGUGGCCUGUCAGCACUAAUUACAUCUAUAGGUGGUGGUCUUGAUGUAGCCGCUGCAGCAGCAGCAGCAUCCUAUGGAGGAGGAGGAGAAUUCUCUGGCAAAGACAUUGGAAGGAACUCAUGACACGUUUGAAGGAAACAGUUCCAAGUAUUUCACUGUUUGAUAUGGAGAAAGGAUCCAUGGUACGGUCUUUUGGUCAACUGGAGUUGCCGGACGAACGAUAAUAAACCGACAAUUUUCUCAUAAAAAAAUAUUGCCCUUUUGAAGGUAAGAACUAGGCCAAAGGCAGUUGGGUCUUUUUCACUGUUUUGCUGCCUUCGAUGACCAGGGUGAUCAGUUCCUUGUCGUGUGGUAUUAGACUCUUUUAAGUUAGCCAAUUAGCCAUAAAAGCAUGGGGACCCUUUUUCUUUCUACAAAUGCUGCAAAUGGGAUCGUGUUCAUUCGCAAUAUACUUGUAUCGAUACAUUGUAUUUGCAAAAGGACACCCAAAGCUAAAACAAACGGUCCACCAAUUAUUUAAAUCUGCUAGUUUUUGUUUUUUUAAUCAAAAGCCUAGAGCUUUGAAAUGCCAGCGCAGAGGACGAACUGAUUUGGGCUGCCGGUAUGCCUUGUAUGGACGGCUUUGGGUUGGUCUUUGUACAUGACACGUGGCUUUUGGUUUGGGCUCGACGGCUUGGUCAACCUUCAACCUCUUGUAAUUAUAUUUAAAUCAAAUUUUUAAAUUGUGCUUUUGUCUUUUGAGGA